UCCCAGCGACUCCUCUUACUUCUGCCAUCAGCUUUUCUGAUCUCUGAUGGAACAAUGAAGAUGUCUAACUUGAACCUCCAGUCUUUCACUUUUUUCAUUUAAAUCUGAGUGGCUGAAGUCUGGCACCAUGCUGCGGGUUGUUGUAGAGUCGGCCAAGAGUCUGCCCAAGAAGAAACUUGGGAGUCCUGAUCCAGUAGCAUCAGUGAUUUUUAAAGAGGAGAAGAAGAAAACCAAAGCGAUUGACAACGAGUUGAACCCUGUUUGGAAUGAGGUGCUUGAGUUUGACCUAAAAGGCACGCCGCUGGACACCAGCUCCCAACUAGAAGUGGUUGUGAAAGACUAUGAGACGAUUGGGAAAGACAAAUUUAUUGGUUCUGUCAAAAUCUCAUUACGGGACCUUGCCUCGGGCCAAGCGAGAUCUCUACCAUCUAAAAAUGUUCCGUUGAUGGGUGAAAAUGGGCAGAAUAUCGGAGCAACAAUCAGUUUUGUGGUUGGAUACGACCCACCAGCUAACACCAUACCAAACCCCAAUGACCCUCAAGCUGGAAAUGUUACAGUGGAUGCUGGAGGGGGUAGUGGUGGUGGUGGUGAGGAAGGAGGUGAGACGCUACCAGACGGAGUUCAGCCUGGCUCUGCAGGAAACUCCUCCUCCACCAAUCUGCCUUCUAACCUCCGCCAGAAGCUAGCAAGGACACAGAGUCGCCACAGGCUGGCAAACAAACCUCAGGACUUCCAGAUCCGUGUUCGGGUCAUCGAAGCCCGUCAGCUGCCCGGCAACAACAUCAAACCUGUGGUGAAGGUUCAUGUGGGUGGAGAGACCCACAGGACACGCAUCAAAAGGGGAAACAAUCCGUUCUUUGAUGAGAUGUUCUUCUACAAUUUCCACAUGCUUCCGACAGAUUUGUUUGAGCAGAACAUCAGUUUCCGGGUGUAUGAUUCAUACUCUUUGAGGGCUGACAGUCUUAUGGGAGAAUUUAAGCUGGAUGUUGGUUAUGUUUACGACGAACCAGCCCACAGUGUCCUGAGGAAGUGGCUCCUACUGAACGACCCAGAUGACAACAGCUCUGGAGCUAAAGGCUAUCUCAAAGUUAGCCUCUUCAUAGUCGGAACAGGAGACGAGCCUCCGGUGGAGAAAAGGGCGUCGAAUGAUGACCAGGAUGACAUAGAGAGCAACCUGUUGCUUCCAGCCGGUGUAACUCUGAGAUGGGCAACGCUGUCGUUAAAGGUUUUCAGAGCUGAAGACAUUCCCCAGAUGGAUGACGCAUUCGUCCAGUCUUUGAAAGCAAUGUUUGGAAGUGAUGAAAACAAGAAAAACUUGGUGGAUCCUUUUUUGGAGGCUGGAUUUGCCGGGAAAAAGUUGUGCACUCAGAUUAUUGAAAAGAACGCAAACCCAGAGUGGAACCAAGUUUUGAACCUUCAGGUGAAAUUUCCGUCCAUGUGUGAGCGUGUCAAGCUGACAGUCUAUGAUUGGGAUCGCCUAACAGGAAAUGAUGUUGUUGGCACCACAUACCUCAACCUGGCCAAGAUAGCUUCCUCUGGUGGAGAAAUAGAAGCUAACUCAGGAGAAUCAGAAGUUGGGUUUCUGCCCGUGUUUGGGCCCUGCUAUAUCAACCUGUACGGCAGUCCCAGAGAGUUCACCGGCCUGCCAGACCCUUAUGAGGAUCUCAAUUUGGGCGAGGGAGAAGGAGUGGCCUACAGGGGCAGGAUUCUGGUCGAGCUGUCCACCAAGUUGGAGGAGAAGGCAGACAAAGCAGUAGACAGUAUUCCCAAUGACGACAUCCUGGUGGUACAGAAGUACCAGAGGAGGAGGAAAUAUUGCCUGUGUGCAGUCUUCCACAGUGCCUCCAUGAUCCAGGAACCUGGUGAGCCAAUCCAGUUUGAGGUCAGCAUCGGUAACUAUGGCAACAAACUGGACACCACCUGCAAACCCCUUGCCUCCACCACUCAAUACAGCUGUGCUGUUUUUGAUGGCAACCAUUACUACUAUCUGCCCUGGGCAAACACAAAGCCGGUGGUUGUGGUAACGUCGUUCUGGGAGGACAUCAGCCACCGCCUGGAUUCUGUCAACAUCAUCCUCUUCAUUAAUCACCGUCUGCAAACUAACCUGGAGGCGUUUAAAACCGCCAUGUUGGCAAAAGUCUCCGACAACCAACUUUCAGAGGUGUGGCUGAAGUUGCUCAAUCAGCUGAUUGAAGACUUGGAAAGCUUCCCAACACCCAAGCUGGAGGGCUGCUCUAACCUGACGUCCCUUGACAUCCAAAUCAAGAAACUACGAGACAGCGCUUUAACUUCCAUCAAGGAAACAGCCAGACGCAUGAGGGAGGAGGCCAGAGAGAUCCCGGACACUCUGUCGGACAUAGAAAGCUGGGUGGAAAAGCUCAAACAGAUGGCUGAAGAGCCCCAGAACAGCAUGCCUGAUGUGAUCAUCUGGAUGCUGCGUGGCGAGAAGAGAGUGGCCUACGCUCGUAUUCCUGCUCAUCAGAUACUUUUCUCCACGUUCAGCGAGCAGGCCUGUGGUCAGCACUGUGGCAAGACUCAGACCAUCUACUUACAGUACCCCAUGGACAAGAACAAAGGCCUGAAGGUACCAGUUCAGAUCCGAAUCAACAUGUGGCUUGGUCUAUCUGCGCAUGAAAAAAAGUUCAACUCAUUCUCCGAGGGAACGUUCAGUGUUUUUGCUGAGUUGUAUGAAAACCAAGCCAAGGUCUUUGGGAAGUGGGGGACCACAGGGCUGGUGGGGCGCUACAAGUUCUCAGAUGUAACAGGCAAGCUGAAACUGAAACAGGAGUACUUCCUCCCACCCAGAGGAUGGGAGUGGGAGGCGGAAUGGUUCAUUGAUCCAGAAAAAGCGCUGCUAGCGGAGGCGGAUGCAGGACACACUGAAUUUAUGGAUGAGGUUUUCAAGAAUGACACCCGUUUCCCUGGUGGAGAGUGGAAGGCCGCCUCUGAGCCGUACACCGACGUGAAUGGAGAGAUGAGCCGUAAUCCUGCGGAGUUUGACUGUCCUCCAGGCUGGACAUGGCAGGAUGACUGGAGCGUGGAUGUCAACAGAGCUGUGGAUGAUCAAGGCUGGGAAUAUGGAGUGACCAUUCCUCCAGAUGACAAGCCUCGGUCCUGGGUCCCUGCAGAGAAGGUAUACCACGUCCAUCGCAGAAUGAGGCUCAUUCGACCUCGUAAGAGAGCUGCACUUCCUGGAGGAGCAGCACUGGAGAGGAGAGAUCGGGGUGACCCUGAGGGUUGGGAAUUCUCCUCUCUGAUUGGCUGGAAAUUCCACAGAAACGAGCGCUCCUCAGACACAUUUCGACGCAGGCGCUGGAGACGGAAGAUGGCGCCCGAGAAUCAUCUCGGAGCAUGUGCCAUCUUUCAGCUGGAAGGGGCACUGGGUGUUGACACUGAGGAGAAAGAGAAGGGAUCCAAAGCUGAUAGCACCAAGGUGUUUGGGGCCAACACUCCCACGGUGUCCUGCUCCUUUGACAAGUCAUCAAUGUACCACCUCCGUGUCUACGUCUAUCAGGCAAGGAACCUGACCUCUAUGGACAAAGAUAGCUUUUCUGAUCCAUACGCGCACGUCUCCUUCCUUCAUGUCAGUAAAACAACAGAGAAGCUCAAAGCUACGCUGAACCCAACAUGGGACCAAACCCUGAUUUUCAACAACAUAGAGAUUUAUGGAGACCCCCAGGUCAUCGCUGAGCGCCCACCUCGCGUGGUGCUGGAGUUCUAUGACAAUGACCAAGUGGGCAAAGAUGAGAUGCUUGGCCGCAGUGUUUGCACCCCUUUGGUGAAGCUGAAAUCUGGCAUGGGCCAGUUGCCCAAACUGCUGUGGCAUCCUGUCAUCCAGAAGGGGAAGAAGGCUGGAGAAGCACUUGUAGCUGCUGAACUUAUUCUUAAAGAAAAGUCGGAUCAGACAGAUCUUCCACUGCUACCCUCAAAGAGAGCCGAGAACCUCUACAUGGUUCCUCAGGGUAUCCGUCCUGUGGUUCAGCUCACUGCUGUGGAGAUACUCGUUUGGGGCCUGAGAAACAUGAAGCCGUACCAGCUGGCCUCUGUGUCCUCCCCCAGCCUCGUGGUGGAGUGUGGGGGCCAGAGGGUGGAGUCAGCGGUCAUCAAGAACAUGAAAAAGAGCCCAAACUUCCCCAGCUCCGUCCUCUUUAUCAAAGUGCUCCUUCCAAAGGAUGAGAUGUAUACUCCUCCUAUUGUGCUGAAGGUGAUUGACCACCGCCCGUUUGGUAGGAAACCUGUGGUGGGCCAGUGUACCAUCACGUCUCUGGAGGAGUUCAGAUGUGACCCAUACGUCAUCGUUUCAGAAGGAGCCAGGGCCUCUAAGAUGUCACUGAUGAUGGCUUCACCUCCUAAACACGUCUCCAUUAUGAUGGAGGAGACGAGACCGCUGCUUGAAGCUCAGUUUGUGUACAGCAUGUCAUCAGCUGUCAACAAAAUGACUUCCCCUCCUUCCUGCUUUCGAGUAGAGAAGGAAAAAGAAACAGUUGAUUGGUGGAGUAAGUUCUACGCCUCUGUUGGAGACCAGGAGAAAUGUGGACCUUAUCUACAAAAAGGCUACGACACCCUCAAAGUGUAUGAGUGUGAGCUGGAGAAUGUCCCAGAAUUCAAAGGCCUGACGGAUUUUUGCGACACCUUCAAGCUGCAGCGGGGCAAGAAUGAAAAUGGAGACGAUGACCCCUCCGUGGUGGGGGAGUUCAAGGGGGCCUUCAGGGUCUAUCCCCUACCUGAUGACCCAGGUGUUGCUGCUCCACCCCGUCAGUUCAGAGAGCUGCCAGAGAGUGGCCCUCAGGAGUGUCUUGUGAGGGUUUAUGUGGUUCGGGCUAUCGACCUGCAGCCCAAAGACAAUAAUGGAAAGUGUGACCCAUACAUAAAACUAUCAGUGGGAAGAAACUCAAUCGACGACAGAGACAAUUACUUACCCAACACCCUAGACCCUGUGUUUGGGAGGAUGUUUGAGAUGACAUGUUUCCUGCCCCAAGACAAGGACCUUAAAAUCUCCGUCUUCGACUACGAUCUCCUGACUCGUGAUGACAAGGUUGGCGAGACGGUGAUUGACUUGGAGAACCGCUUCCUAUCUCGAUAUAACUCAUACUGUGGCCUUCCACAAACAUACUGCAUCUCUGGUGUGAACCAGUGGCGGGACCAGCUGAAGCCGUCUCAGAUCCUUGAGAACCUGGCUCGUCUAAAAGGACUGUCCAAACCCCGGACCGAAGACAACGGGACAUCGCUCACUUUCAAUGGGAAAGACUACACUCUGGCACAGUUUGAACCCAACCAGGAAAUCCAUCAGCACCUGGGGCCGCCUCAUGAACGACUCUGUCUCCACGUUCUCAGAACACAUAAACUUGUCCCUGAACACGUGGAGACCAGAACCCUCUACAGCUCCUUCCAGCCUAAUCUCUCUCAGGGAAAGCUUCAGAUGUGGGUGGACGUUUUCCCAAAAAGCAUUGGACUUCCCGGUCCUCCCUUUGACAUCACACCACGAAAGGCCAAGAAGUAUCUUCUGCGUGUCGUCGUCUGGAACACCACAGAAGUGACUCUUGAUGAGACCAGCAUCACUGGAGAACAAAUGAGUGACAUCUACGUCAAAGGUUGGAUGCCAGGCAUGGAGGAGGACAAGCAGAAGACAGACGUCCACUACAGAUCCCUGGAUGGUGACGGUAACUUCAACUGGCGGUUUGUCUUUGGCUUUGAAUACCUACCAGCUGAACAGCUCUGCCUUGUGUCCAAGAAGGAACAUUUUUGGAGUCUUGACAAAACCGAGUUCAGGAUUCCCCCUAGGCUAAUCGUUCAGCUAUGGGAUAACGACAAAUUCUCACUGGAUGAUUACCUGGGUGUGUUGGACCUGGAUCUGAGUAGGCUGGUUCCUCCUGCCAAGGUACCUGAAAAAUGCUCCCUGAAGAUGAUGGAAGACCACGAUGUUAGAACACCCAACAAGGUGGAGAACUCCAAGUCUCUGUUUGCUCAGCAGUCAGUCAGAGGCUGGUGGCCUUGCUCCAUCGAAAAAGAUGGCAAGAAGGUCCUGGGGGGUAAAGUGGAGAUGACUCUGGAGAUUGUGAAUGAAGCAGAGGCAGACGAGAGACCAGCAGGAAAAGGAAGAGAAGAACCCAACAUGAACCCAAAGCUGAACCCCCCCAACCGCCCAGAAACAUCCUUCUUCUGGUUCACGAACCCGUGCAAAACCAUGAAGUUUAUCGUGUGGAGAAGAUUCAAGUGGGUUUUCCUCGGACUCAUCAUCCUCACCAUCGUGGUUCUCUUCAUUGCCAUCUUGUUGUACUCUUUACCUAACUACAUCUCAAUGAAGAUAGUGAAGCCGCUUCAGUAGAAGAGGAAUGGAAACAACAGCAAGGACAAAACACAUAAAGGAUCACAUGAUCCGCCUUUAUUUUAUAUCUUUAUUUAGUUUUUCUAUUACUGCGGGAAGGGGCGCUUGCAUAUUUGCACUGUAACAAAUGAAAACAUUUUAACCUCACUGUGACAAACUGGUAAUUGCUGCACAAAGAUGUCAGACUUUUCUCCAAACCCUAGCUUUAACUGCUGCAAUAGAGUGAUGCAACACCACUGACCAGCAUCAUGCUGUCAGGACGUUUCUGUUCUCAUUAAUCAUUAAGAUUUAUUCUAGUUGGUGCUGUAACCAGGUGGGAUUCCUCUUCUGAUCGAUGUAAUUGUGCCAAAUGAAACUAAAGUUAAUUUACUCACAUUAAACCUUUUUUUACAAAGGAUUUUAAAUAAAUGGAACUCAGCAGAA